UAGUGAGAAGAAUUAGUGAGUCUGUGUUUGAUUUUACACGCCUCACCUUUAUUCGUAUGAAAAUGAUUGUAAUAUACGAUAAAGUAAAUAUCUCAUCGUUCACGUUACAUUGUUUAUUAGCGUUUUUUCUGCGAUUGAUCUUGAUUCUGUACGCUAGUUUUCACGAUGAGCACUUUGCGGUACCGUACACGGACGUAGAUUAUAAAGUGUUCACUGACGCUGCGAGACACGUGAUAGAGCAACGAUCACCAUUCGAACGUCAUACCUACCGUUAUUCGCCGUUUUUGGCUUGGUUCUUGACACCAAACGUUGUGUUGCAUAAGGAUUUCGGAAAAAUUUUAUUCUCCGUAAUAGACAUACUGAUCGCGAUUCUAAUUAAAAGUAUUCUCGAGCGACAGAGAUGUGAUAAGAUUGUAAAAGAUCUUUGCGCAUUUUUAUGGCUCUAUAAUCCUUUAACAGUGGUGAUCUCGACAAGAGGUAACGCAGAUUCAUUAGCAGUUCUUUUAGUUGUGCUCACAUUGGAUUUGUUACAAAGAGAUAAAAUUGUAUUAGCUGGAUUUUUGCACGGGAUAUCCGUACAUUUCAGAUUGUAUCCAUUGAUGUUCAGUUUACCCAUGUUUUUGUCUCUUUGUAAAGACAAUCGAUUUCUGCCGAAUAGGGAUCAAUGGAAGCUCGUGCUAAGUUGCGCAUUCUCGAUCGUCACCUUAACAGCCACGGGUUAUUGUCUGUAUGGCUUUAAAUUUUUGUACGAAAGUUUUAUAUAUCAUUUAGUGCGUAAAGAUACGAGACACAAUUUUUCCGUGUACUUCUACAUGCUGUAUUUAUCCGCUAAUGAACCACAGAAUGUAAUUCAAAAGAUUUUUACGUUUCUGCCACAAUUAGUAUUAUUGUUGAUGUCAUCGUAUUAUUAUUCGAAAAAAUCUAAAUUGCCUUUCGCUAUGUUCAUCCAAGCGAUAAUUGCGGUAAUAUACAAUCCGGUGAUAACUUCUCAGUAUUUCUUCUGGUUUCUAUCGUUGUUACCUCUGUGCCUGCCAAAUAUCGACAUGAGUCUGCGUAGGGGAAUAUGCUUAGCGUCUUCCUGGAUCAUAAGCCAAGCUAUUUGGCUAUUAAGCGCCUAUAUGCUAGAAUUUCAAAGUUUUAAUUCAUUUAGUUUUCUCUGGAUAUCUGGUCUCUUAUUUUUUGCUUGUAACGUAAAAAUUUUGGUAGAUAUUAUUCAUCAUUAUAAAAAUUGAUUAUAACUGUAUAACAUUUAUCUUAAUGAGAUAUUCUGUACACAAGACAAGAAAUAAAAUGAUUUAAAAAAUAUAA